GCUUCGCAAGCCUAAGCACAAAAACCCAAAUCCUGAACUCUUUACGACCCCCAAAGCCUCCCCCUGUCCAUGGCCGCCGCCGCCCGCCGCCUGCUCCGGUGACUGGAUUCGGUCCUCUCCCCCGGAAGCCACCGCCGGCAAGCCUUUAGCCUCCUCCCGCCGCCGACCCCACGGACGCCUCCCCGCACCGGAAGCUGCCCCCGAGCCCCGACCGACGGCAAGAGCUGUCGCCGCAGCCGCUGUCCAGUACGGCAUUAUAUAUCUCGCGGUCACGAAUCUCAAAGGAAACCGCGGGGGGCAUGGCCAUGGCCGCGGCGGAGGCGCGCCUCCGGCAGGAGAAGGUGAAGAAGUUUGAGGAUUUCGUUGACCGGCGGCUCAAGCCUGACCUCGUGAACGCCAUAGCCCAACGUGAUAACUUGUUCCAGCAGCAGAAGACUUUCUUGGAUUUGAAGAAGAACAUCGAAAAUUUGGAAAAGAAUGGUGUAACAAGCAUGCGCUCCAUGGUCAAUCUUGGCUCAGAGGUGUACAUGCAGGCAGAAGUGCCGGACACGAGGCACAUUUUUGUGGAUAUCGGUCUAGGUUUUCAUGUGGAAUUUACUUGGCAAGAGGCUCUACAGUUUAUAUCUGUACGAGAAGCAAGGUUGGCCAGACAAAUAGACGAGUACACACACCUCAUAGCGAGCAUAAAAGCACAGAUCAAGAUGGUAUGUGAAGGUAUCCGCGAACUCCUUCAGUUACCAGCGGAGUGAGCUGCCAGGAGAAACGCACCAAACUUGCGGCGGAGAGGUAUAUGCUUGGUAGGGGGACGCAUGUAUGUUGCCAUGGGUUUCUUAAUUCUUGCAAGAAAGCUGUAUGCCAAGAAUGCAGCUCCCAAAUCCCAAUGUUGACUAGGAGGGGUAAACGAAGUGGCAAAUGAGAAUGCUGUGUCUUGACUUGACGUGAGUUUGUAUGUGCAGACUGAAUUUUCAGAUGAUUGGCAGGAAAUGCAAUGCCUUGAUGAUAACGUUU